CCAAUAUGGCGGAAAGUUUGUAAACUUGACGUAUUAUCUGUUGUGAUCGUGACAAAUUCAGUGUUUUAGCUGUCAGAAAACACAUUUUUGUUUACUUCAUAAGUUUAUUUCAUGAGCUGUCAUAAUGGCUGAUGAUGAUACAAAAUCAGAGAAGUCCCAAGAUGUUGAGAGAAAAGGUUCAAAGAGUCCUCCUAGUCGACCUAAAAGUGGAACCUCAUCGAAGGGACGGAGUCCCUCUCCUGGCAAAGGAAGUAGAGCAACAAGUGGUUCUAAAACACCCAAAAGUCCAACCACACAAAGAAAAAGUCCUAAACCUGGUAGUGCAAAGAGCAGAGAGAAAAGCCCAAAAGGGAAAAAGGGGGCAUCGAAAGGGAAAGCAAAGAAAGAUUCUGAAGUUAGGGAAGAGCCAACUGAAGGUGAAGAAGAAAAGGAAGGACUGCCAGAGAACGUCAUACCAAUAUUCUUCUCUGCUAAAACUCAAGAAAUCUUCAGUAUUAUCGUGGAUAAUGAUGUCACUGAAGAUGAACCGAAUAAAGUAAUUCCCAAAGAUGAUAUCAUACAAGAUAUGAAGACCAGAGCUGCGAUAUCAGAUUUCCAUCCAGUUAAACAAACUAUCCUUGACUAUCCAGGUGAUGAUGUGUUAGUCAUAUAUGAUCCAGAUUUCAAAUAUGGUCAGAAUUUCUGCAUUGCACUGACUGAAGAGGCCAAGGAAAAAAUCUUACACCCUCCUGAAGAGGAAGGAGAGGGAGACACAGAACCUGAAGAAGAAGUUGUUUAUAAAUACAUUCCACCAGAACCUAAGGAAUGGAUAUCUCAAGGCAGUGAAGUAGAGGUGGAAGAAGAGAAUGUUGUUGUCGCUAGAAAGACGUCCAAGUUCACAGUAACUCGUGUAAGACGUGAUUUUGGUGUACAUGCUACAUUUACUGAUCGCAAUGCAGGAGAUGCUAAAGAUGGAUUUAUUGAGUGUACAUCAUAUGAGGAUAAAAGUUUUAAUAUCAAAAAAGUUGAAAUAGAUUCCGGAACUCAGGCAAUACCUACUUUGAUUGAAAAUGGUUCUCAAACAGAAUGGAAGCAUCCGAGGAAUGCCAGUACACAGUAUACACCAAGAGAGUUUAGUGAGGAAGAAAAAGAAAAGAUAUCCAGCUCUAAAACUGUAAAUAAAUUUGUUGAAGAGGUAGCUCCUCGAUUUGAGUUGUGUUUGCAACAGAAUGAAAUUAUGGAUGUGUUCUUUGAUGAUUGGAUGGCAUUAGCUGAUGAAGACAGUACAUUUGGAAGCAAAUCAGAUAACCAUCUCAAGGAAUAUCAGUCAUUCACUGACCUUCAAUUCAGCAAAGAGAAGACCAUAACAUGUGUUGAUUGGCAUCCUUCCAUUAAAGGAGUUAUUGCUGUGUCUUGCGCUGAAAGAUUAUCAUUUGAUGAAAGAGUAGAUAACUCAUCUAAAGUUUUGAUGACACCAUCAUUGAUAUUAGUUUGGAGUUUUACUGACCCCAUACACCCACAGCUACUACUGGAAGCACCUGAUGAUAUAUUCUGUUUUAAGUUUAACCCGGUGGAUCCUAACAUCGUAGCCGGUGGCUGUAUUAAUGGCCAAGUAGUCUUAUGGGACAUCACAAGGUGGGCAGAUAGAUUGAAAAACACUCCAAGGGGUAAACAAAUGAAGAAGAACACUAUGAUGAGUUUACUUCCACUUGCACGGUUAGAUGGAGGUAGUGGUGAAUAUGGACCAACUAGAAUCAGCAUUCGGGAAAAACAAGGAGACAGAAGCAUACUUGAUAACUCCAAAUCAGAUCAGAAACCUGACACAAGUACAACGCAUUUAUCUUCCACUUUGAGGACAGGAUCUGCUAAAGACAAAAAAUUACUUGACAAUGUUGUGACUAAAUUCUACGUUGGUACUGAGGAUGGUGAGUUGGUUUAUUGUGAUUGGAAAUAUGACAAGGAUCCUGAUUCUGGUAAACUAGCACCUGUUAGACCAGAUUGGUGCAAACUAUUACACGAUAGUAGCAUUAAUACAUUACAAAGAUCACCAUUCUUCAAGGACAUCAUUUUGUGUGUCGGUGGAUGGAAUUUUACAAUAUGGAAAGAGGGAGUAGAGUAUGGACCAUUGCUGGCAUCAUCAGCGUCACAUAAAAAGCUAACAGCAGGUAGAUGGAGUCCAUCUCGUCCCGGUGUAUUCUAUAUCGCUAAACAAGAUGGUAAUGUAGAUGUAUGGGAUAUAUUAGAUCGAACACAUGAGCCGUCUUUAACGCAAAAUGUUACCGCCGCCUCCAUCACAUCGAUAUAUCCAUGGGCUGUUUCUAAUAAGCAACAUCUUUUAGCCAUCGCCGACGGUGUUGGUACAUUACACAUCCUGGAAAUACCAUGGACAUUACGUCACGCAUCAACCAAUGAGGUAACAAGCGUGUCUAACUACUUCGAUAGAGAAGUUAAAAGACUGGAAUUUGUUGAAGAAAGACGACAGUUUAGAAUUUUAGACAAGAGAAGAAUAGAUGCAGAUGAAGCAGCGAGGAAAGCUGCCAAACCCCAAAUUCCAGAUCAGGCUGAAAUCGACAUGAAAAUGAAGUUUGCAUUUGAUGCUUAUGAAGAGAUGGAAAAGAAAUUCUUGGAAGAGUUAGGACUCAUUAUUGAACCUGAAGAACCAUUACCAGAAGUUUAAAUAUUGCCUGUUUAACUAAUCCUUUUUUUGCUGUUGUAAAUUCUUCUCAAUUUACUGAUAUUGCAAAAAGUGCCAGAGUCUUGGUCUCAAGACUACAGAAAACAAGUUCACACUGCUGCAAAAUUGUUGUGAUUUUCCUGGACUUAUGAAAUUUAUCUUACAAAAAGUUUAUAGUAUAAGAUCACUACACUGCAUACCGUAACUACAUUUUAAUUUGAAAAC